AAGGCCAGGGCGCAAAGGGAAGGAACAAAGUAGGCGGGAACACGGAUGCGACAACUUCCGCUUCCGGUGGCAAAGGGCAAGCGGAAUGUAAACACCGGACCACGGACUGGUGUCAGAAUGGCUUCCUUUGGGUGGAAGAGGAAGAUUGGUGAGAAGGUGUCGAAGGCCACAUCCCAGCAGUUUGAAGCUGAGGCUGCUGAUGAGAAGGAUGGGGUUGAGAAUGAUGAAGGGAAUUGGCUUCAUGCCACUAAACGUAGGAGAGAAAUUCUCCAGGAAGACUGUGCUGAGAAAAGUAAGCAGCUGAAGGAAGAAGGAGCCAACUUGGCAGAAAGUAAAAGAUACCGGGAAGCAAUUCAGAAGUGGGAUGAAGCACUACAGUUAACUCCCAAUGAUGCUACCCUCUAUGAGAUGAAAUCACAGGUCUUAAUGUCUCUUCAUGAAAUGUUCCCAGCAGUACAUGCAGCAGAAAUGGCUGUCCAGCAAAAUCCACAUUCAUGGGAAUCUUGGCAAACUUUGGGUCGUGCUCAGCUUGGUUUAGGAGAGAUAGUCCUGGCAAUUCGAAGUUUUCAAAUAGCUCUUCACAUCUAUCCGAUGAACCCUGAAAUAUGGCAAGAAGACCUUUCUUGGGCAAGAACCCUCCAGGAGCAGCAGAAGGUAGCACAAAGAGUUAAAAAAAGUGAAGCACCAUCUGGAGCAACACAGUUUUCCCCCAAGUCUAUCCCUGACUAUGACUUUGAAAGUGACGAAAUUGUGGCUGUGUGCGCAGCAAUUGCUGAGAAGCAGAAGACAGUGUCAGCAAAUAAAACAAUGGUUAUUGUGUCAGCUUCUGGGACAGUAGAGACUGUAACUGAGAAGGAGGAGGGUGCCACACUACCAGAUAACUCUGUUUUUAUCAAAGCCCGAUGAAGCUGUACACACCUUAAGUUAUUUGAGUCUGUCUAUCUGAUUACUGCUUAACAUUUAGACAGAUACACACACUCUCUGGAGAGAGGAUAAGACUCCUGUCCAUAAAAUACAUUUUCUUCAGAUGAGGUAUAUAAAAACACAAUGGUAGAAUUAUUAUGUAUUGUUGGACUGUGCUUUUUAAGUUGAUUUAUACUUGAGGUUAAACUCCUGAGAAAAAUGUGGUUUGGUGAUAAACUUUGUUUAAUUUGGAAAUGUUAGUGGUUACAUUUAAAGGUAUAACUUGAAAAGUAUAUUCUUGGAUAGUGAAUAACUUGAUAGUUAUUGAAGUAUUGACCCAUUGA